ACAGAGAGAAUAGAGGAGGAAAGUUUGACACUACAUAGGUAGAUCAGUGAACACAGAAAAUACCUCACCUGUAACUUGAACCUUUGCAUUUCUGAUACACACAUUACAAUUGAAAGAUAGAUACGCACACACCAGACACACAACUUCAAAGGUGUUCACUGACAGUAAGCAUUUAUUUGUAACAUCUCUUCUGGAUUAUCUUCUGAAUUAUAAUUGUCAUAGGAUGACUGACCUAGGUUAGAUGAUAAGACAGGAGGCAACCCAGCCCACAUUUCCAGUUUAACUUUCAGGUGUGUUAAUCAUGGCAGUUAGACAGACUGGGUGUGAGAGAAAAGCCAGCGGCUACAGACAAAGACACACACCCUUACAUGUUAUUCCCAUGCUGAUAACUAGUGGUAUGGAGAACAAAGUCAUUUAUUCACGCCAAUGAACAUCAACUUGACCAUCAGGCAUACUGUAAGUAAUACCUCUUCAGUAUCUGUAACCAAUCUCUCUCUCUUUCAGCUAUGACUGACGUCCUCCCCGGCAGCCAUGCCGGAACUCCAGAGCCAGAGCUCCGCCUGGUCCUCCUAGGGACCAUCGGCUGUGGCAAGACCCUGUCAGGAGACACCCUCCUGGGCCAGUCCUCCUCCGGCUCUCCUUCCUCCUCUGGUUCUUCCCCCAGGCUUUGCCAGCUGAGGCGUGGGGCCUCUGAGGGCCGGAGGUUGACUGUGGUGGAGGCCCCUCGCUGGUACUGGAGCGGGGGCCACAUGGAGGCUGGGGUGAGGAAGGAGACAGAGAGGGCACUUGAGCUGGCUGCCCAGGGGCCACACGCCUUCCUGCUGCUGGUUCCUGUCGGCCAGUUCACUGAGGUGGAGCGCAGAGUGCCCGCUGAGCUGGAGGAGGUGUUUGGGGAGGGGGUGUUGAAACACACCCUGGUGCUGUUCACCUGUGGAGACUACCUGAUGGGCCGGGGGGCGGGACAGUACCUGGAGGGAGAGGACCCUGGGCUCAGGGAGGUGAUUGACAGGUGUGGGGGCCAAUACCAUGUCAUCAACAACCGCCGACCGCAGGACAGGGAGCAGGUCAGGGAGCUGCUGGAGAAGGUGGAGAACAUGGUACAAAAGAACAGAGGAUGCUACAUACGACAAAACACCCUGCAGAGAGAGAUGGAAGAACAAGCGAUGGGGAGAGAGAGGGAACUGAAGGAGAAUGUGGACAAACAAGCGAGGGAGAGAGAGAGGGAACUGAAGGAGAAGGUGGACGAACAAGCGAGGGAGAGAGAGAGGGAACUGAAGGAGAAGGUGGACGAACAAGCGAGGGGGAGAGAGAGGGAACUGAAGGAGAAGGUGGAAGAACAAGCGAGGGGGAGAGAGAGGGAACUGAAGGAGAAGGUGGAAGAACAAGCGAGGGAACUGAAGAAGGUGGAAGAACAAGCGAGGGAGAGAGAGAGGGAACUGAAGAAGGUGGAAGAACAAGUGAGGGAGAGAGAGAGGGAACUGAAGGAGAAGGUGGAAGAACAAGCGAGGGAGAGAGAGAGAGAACUGAAGAGGUACAAAGUGAAGGAGGAGAAAGAGACUGUGCUGGAAUCUAGACACGUCACAAACACUGAGGCACGCAGAUAUUGUGGAAGCCAGAAAAGAGAGGUUACAUCUAACUCUGCUAUAGAGAGGAGAAGAGAGGAAGAGAGGGAAGAGAUCAAGAGAGGGGAAGAGAGUGAGGAGAUGGAAAACUGGAAGGAAGAGCUGGAGAAGAUAAAGAAAGAGAGGGAUGAGAUAAUGAAGAGAAAAGAGAGGUUACACCUAACUCUGCUAUAG